UACUCGCUGGCCGGCGGAAUCAACCUACCCAAGAUCACGCGCAUCAUAGGCACCGACGGCAGGCGCUACAAGCAGCUAGUCAAGGGCAAGGAUGACAUGCGCCAGGACGCCGUCAUCCAGCAGCUCUUCCACGUUAUAAACCGCUUCAUGCGCACUUCGGGGGGGAAAGUGACCAGCCAGGCGUUGCCGUUCGCCAGCGGCAUGCACAUCCGCACGUACCAGGUGGUGCCGCUGACCAAGCGGUGCGGCGUGCUACAGUGGGUAGACAACACAACGCCCUUUGGUAACUGGUUCCGUGAGAACGAGCCCAAGUACCGUCCGGGCGCUCCAGGAUUCAGCCAGCUGCGAAACACCGUGCAUACUGUGCACAAGGAGAAGGAGGUUACUGCGCAGGAGAAACUCGAGGUGUUCGAGCAUGUUUGUGCCCAAGCGCCGCCGAUCUUUAGAUUCUUCUUUUAUGAGCACUUUUACCACGCGCAGAGCUGGUUUGAGCACCGCGAGACGUACAUCCGCUCGGCCGCCGCGUCGUCCAUAGCCGGCUGGGUGCUGGGAAUUGGCGACCGCCACUUGCAAAACAUCCUCAUUGACCAAACCACAGCCGAGCUGGUGCACAUUGAUUUGGGCAUUGCCUUUGAUCUAGGCAAGCUGCUACCGAUUCCGGAGCUCGUCCCAUUCAGACUCACUCGCGAAAUGGUCGACGGCAUGGGCAUGCUGGGGCUUAACGGCACCUUUCGCCACUUCUGCCAGGUGGCACUCGAGGCGAUGCGUGAGAACGCACGCGUGGUCAUCACCAUUCUGAACGUCCUCAAAGUUGACCCGCUUUACAUGUGGUCGUUGAUCCCCUUGCGCCUCGACAAGAUCAACCGCAACGUCAGCAUGUAUGUCGGCGACCUUCGCAGAGAGGGCGUCGGCAGCGAUGACGGCGACUUUGCUGCGCUCUACGGUGAGGAUAAUAACGCUGCGGCAGCUGCGCUGGAGGAAAAUAAGGAGGCGGGCAGAUCUAUUUUGCAUGUCGGCCAGCGUCUGGGCGCAGGAAUCAGCGCAGAGGGACAGGUCAGCGAGCUGAUCCAGCAGGCGACAGACCCACGCCUUCUUUCGCGCAUGUUUGAAGGAUGG